CACCUGUCAUGCAGCCUUCCGAUCCGACUCCGGUCCGAUAUUGCUUAAAGAAUCUGAUCGGUGCGGGAUCGGAAAGGGGUGAGCACACAUGUCAUGCCCACUUCCUGCUCUUUUCAGAUUUGACACUCAGUCUACUCAAAAUCGCCAGUUGAAACGGUUGCGAAUAUAUUGCGCGAAUGUUGAAACAUUUUAGCAAUCGUGAUUUAGCUAUUGUGGCUAUCUGUUUAGAUGAAGAAGAUCGACUUAAUGCGAAGUCUUCGAUGAAGAGUAGUGGAAAACGUAAAUAUUGGGUUCAUGAUGCGUGGAAAACACGAGACAAAGAAGGAGAGUUUGCCACACUUUUACCUCACCUGUUGGACGACGAAACAAAAUUUUAUCAUUAUUUUAGAAUGCCGAUGGAUACAUUCAAUCGGUUGGAACUUCAACUCCAAGAAAGAUUAGCCAUGCAAGACACGUAUUUUAGAAAAACUAUCACUCCUAGACACCGUUUGGCUACAUUUUUAAGGUUUCUUGCUACUGGAGAUUCUUUCAAGACCAUCUCAUUCACUUACAGAAUGGGAAGAAGUACAGUUGGUUCCAUUGUUCAUCGUACAAGCAGAGUUGUAAUUGAAGUACUUUUAAACGAAGUAAUGCCAGCUCCGACAGAGGACAGGUGGAAUGAAAUAGCAAUCGAAUUUUGGGAAAGGUGGCAGUUUCCCAAUUGCAUUGGUGCUUUGGAUGGAAAACAUGUGACAAUACAAGCUCCAAAAGCAUCAGGAAGCCUCUAUUGGAACUACAAGAAAACAUACUCCAUUGUUCUUUUAGCGCUAGUUGAUGCUCGUUACAAUUUUAUUUUUGUAGACGUGGGAAGCUACGGAAGAAACUCUGAUGGUGGUGUUUUGGCGAAUUCCAAUUUAGGUAGAAAACUAUCUCGAAACCAACUUAACAUCCCAGACAAAAAAGGCCUCCCAGGAACAAACAUGGAACUUCCCAUGGUUAUAAGUGCCGAUGAAGCUUUCCCCCUCACAAAAAAUAUCAUGAGGCCAUUUCCUGGAAAGAACUUGUCUAACGAGCAAAGAAUUUUCAACUACAGAUUGAGCAGAGCUCGAAGAAUGUCAGAAAAUGUCUUUGGCAUUAUGGUGCAAAAAUUUCGAAUGUUCAUGAGGCCUCUCCAAGGAAAUCCUGACAACAUAACAAGGGUAGUUCUUGCAGCAUGUAUCAUACAUAACUUCAUUAGAAUUAACGAAGACUACAAAGUGCCAGAAGUAAGUGACAAUACUGACACAACUCCAGUGGAGAAAUCUCGUCUUCAGGAUUUUCCUCGUCGCCGAGGAGGGGAAAAUCGUGAAGCAUUCAAUGUAAGAGAGCAGUUUAAGCAAUUCUUCAACUCUGAAGAGGGUAGUGUGGAGUGGCAAGAACGCCGGGCUUUAAUAGGUUAA